AUGUCUGCUGUACCAUCCGAUCGAGCCGCGCAGCCUGAGGCUACGCAAAAUCCGAAUCAGUCCCCUUCCUCACCCGGCGACGAGCAGCCAAUUCGUCCAGAGUCCAAAUAUCUCUACCUAGGUGACCACACCAAUGCUGAAAAUGCUUAUGGUUUCCGCAUCUACCGGACCACAUAUAGCGACGACGACAAGUGGGACCGGUUUAUGUCCUAUUUGAAAACAAAUAUCGAACGAAGUCUCGGAAGAGACGAGCAGUAUAAACACCAGCUCGCACGGGUGGACUGGACUGUGCAAUCAAGCCCAGAUUUGCAAGAUGCUUCCAUGGAUCAAGUGCGCGACCACUUCAUACAAUGGAUUGACUCCGGCGAGGAGCAACCCGAUAACAGCUCGCGCUUUCUUGCCUUCGUAGUAGUUGACGGCGAGAGCUUGGAUUCGGUAACGUCGAUGCUGGAAUUUCUAGAAGAGGAAAACUUGCCUUUGGAUGAGGACGACGAAGAGGGUACGGCUUAUGUGAAGCUGGUUUCGGUGAACGAAAAAGACGGGGAUGUUCCUGUGUGCAUACAAUAUUUGUAUCCCAGGGUGUUCAGUUUUGUGCAUGGCCUUGGUUGGGAACAUAUUGUACCGGGAGAGGGUGAAUUCUCGGCGAGGCCUUAG